AUGGGCCAUUCAGUAGAAGUUGAUCACGUGAAGAAGGAUAAAUUCCCCACUCUCUGCGAGAUGUCGAAAGAUCAAACUAACUUGGAGCAGUUUGGCCUUCCGGAAGUCUUCCACCAAAAUUUAGGACCUCGCUCGUUUAGUAGGGUAACAUGCUGCAAUACUUCCUAUUGCAAUUUCCAAGAAUAUUCAUUGAACGGAAGAUCAAGAUCAGAGUGGAUGAAAGAGCUUGAUCAAUUCGCUGAACAAGCUUUCAAUAUUACUGUAACUUCUAGCAGUCAAUCAUUUUUAUAUCCAAUAUCAGUUUUUCUUGCUCUCGUGCUGUUUGCCGGCUAUAUUUUAAAAGUUGAUAACUGCUAUGGUGUGUUGACAAGAUACCGAUUUCUGAUUUAUGUUGAGAGCUGCUGGGAGAAGAUCAACUCUGUAAGAGAGAUAUCGGUACAAAAUUCUGCCAUAAUCGCCGGUGUGGGAAUAACAGAGAUAAAUUCAACGAACUCAACUCAUCUUCAAUCGUUCGCAACGCUCCAUCAAACAGAUUACUCUCCCAACGAAAUUCUUCGAUUCUCGGAAGACUCCAUCGACCAUCUUGUUUAUGCUGGAAUUGGGGAUUCUUUAGCAUUUGAGGAAAAUGACGUCCCGCUUUUUAUGCAAGACUUGCAGGGAUCAGAUAUAGUUUUCAUUGGAUUCUCAAAAUUGGGAUCUUUAAAUUUUCUACCACGAAUCCCGACUCAACUAAGCGACUACGACAUCGACGAGGAGCACCAACUCAGCACCGAGAUUGGCCUCUACGCAACAAAUUUCGACAAUGAAGAUCCUUGCAGAAUGCCGACUUACACGAAUCUGGACGGCGAAAACUCUGUUUCCAUCGAAUUCAUCGCCCUUGAAAACGCGAAAUUCCACUGCGUUUGGAACGUGAUUUCUGAAACACAAACAACUGUUGAAGUAACGAUGAAGCAUCUCAACAUUCCAGCAUCAGAAGAUUGCAGCGACGCGAAGAUCACAAUUUAUGAUGGAAUCGAUGGUUUUUAUCCACUUUUAGAAGUUUGCAGCGGAGCUUCAACAAGUUUUCUCCUGACUGGCGAUGCCUUCAGAGUUGAGUUUUUGACAAAAAAGCUCGACAUGCUCCCCUCAUUCACGAUCGAAAUCAAGAGAGAUAAACAAACAAAAGAACUGUCAAAUUGUGGAAGCAAGAAAACAAUAACAGAAGCGUCCUUUAUAAAUUCCAUUAACUUCCCAAAAGUGUACUUUCCAAAUACCCGAUGUACAUGGAACUUUCUCUUUCCACUCGACGAGCUGGUUUUUUCGCGAAGAUGGAUCGUCAUUCAUUUCUUACAAAUGGACCUUGAAGAACGGACACGAGAUAAAAUUUGUAAAGAUAGUCUUCACUUCUACUCAUAUUCUGAGCGAAAAGAAAAUCUACUCGCCAUCUUUUGCGGACAGGAGCUAAGCGGAAAGACAGUAUUCUUCGAGUUUGAUGAAGUUGUAAUGAAGUUCUCCGCCGAUUCAAUCAACGAAAGUCCUGGUUUCGCUGCUUUCGCUGGUUUUCAAAAGAAAGUUUAUCCUCGAAGAGAUGACAUCGUUUUCAGUCGGCAAAUUUUCGAAGAUAAAAAGAAUCAAUACAGGGAGUUCUUUCUCAAGGCCUUGCUUGGUCCGAUCUUUCAUUCAUCUCGUGGUAUCUCGAACCCGUUGACAACGUCGACACUUAUAGAAUGUCAAGUGAGGAAUAGCUUCAACGAACAACAUGGAAUUCCUAUAGAAAAUUCAUGCUACGAGACCAGCGAGCUGGCAGAGAAAUUCGAGAAAGAAAACUACGGCAAUAAAACAUGCGGAAUCAGCUAUGGAAAUCCGCAGCAAAAAUUUAAUUUUGCAAAGAUUAUCGGCGGAGACGAGGCGAACCCUGGUGCUUGGCCUUGGAUGGCUUCUCUUAGGAGAUCGUACCACUCGCCUCACUACUGUGGUGGCGUCAUCCUGUCCGAAAAGAUCGUCGCCACCGCCGCCCACUGUAUCAACAUCGGUAUCCCACACUACGUCGUCGUCGGCGAUCACAACUCUCGCUCCCCUAAUGACGAGUACGAGAGAAGAAUUCCAGUUGAAUCUUUUCGCUCUCAUCCGAAGUUCAGUAUUCUAAGCUUUCAAAAUGACGUUGCUAUCAUCCGACUAACAGAAGAGAUUUCUUUCAACACUAGAAUUCAAGCGAUCUGUCUUCCACCACCUGGUGCGCUUCCUCAAAUCUCAUUUGAAACCUCUAAAUCGACAAGUGUAACAGGAGGUUGCUACAUAUCUGGCUGGGGAAAGACAAACGGGAAAGAAAAAGAAGGUUCUGAAAUGCUCCAAGAGGUGAAGAUCGAUAUUCAUGACGAUUCAUUUUGUAUGAAGAAAUAUGGUAAUCGUUACGAUCCAAAGACAAUGCUCUGUGCUGGGGAUGGGACGAAAGAUGCUUGCAAGGGAGAUUCUGGUGGGCCGAUCGUCUGCAGACUCAGUGACUCACAUCCAUGGAUUCUCUACGGCAUCGUUAGCUGGGGAGAAGGCUGCGGCGAAGGAUACCCUGGCGUCUAUGCAAGGGUUUCUUCAGUCAUAAAUUGGCUCGGAAAUUUCGGAGAAGUAACAAAGUCAACAAAUGUGGCCAAAAUUGCUCCCAAUGUACAGUCAGUCCGCGAUGAGAAUGAUGAGUGCUUCGUUGAGGUCAAAGAAUCACAACAGUUCGGCGUCAUCAAAAACUCGGAAUAUCCAAGUUCUUCUGCUGUCAACUGCACCUGGAUAUUCGAAUUCAAGAAAGAAAAGAAAGUGAAGUUCUUGUGGGACACAAUUGAGCUCUCAGCAGGAAGUCGUCUUGCGAUAAAUAUUCUUCCGGAUGGAGAUGAAGAAGCGCAGUUGUUCAAUGAAACAAACCAAGGUGGUGCCUUUGAAAUUGGGGGAAAUUUAGGAAUGCUCAUCGAAACAUUCGGUUUCGCAAAGAUCUUCAUAAGAUACACGAUUGAGAAGAUUCUUCCUGAUUCUGUUUGCAAUGAUGAAAAGAUUCUCACAGAUUCGUCUGGGAUAAUAAUAUCUCCUGGAUUUCCGCUGAAACAUUAUGAGAACGGAUUGAAUUGUAAUUGGCGAAUUUGGGCUCCUCUGUCCCACGAAAUCGAGGUCAAUUUCAAUGUAACUGCUCUCGCUGAUGCAGAAAAUUGUGCGGACAAAAUUCAGCUUUACAAAGGUUUCAGGCCGCAAGGACAAAACAAAAUUGGAGCAAAUGUCUGUGGAUUCGCUCAACCGUUUUCUCGUGGAAUAAGUUCAAACUUGGCUCUUGUAAAGUUUACUUCAGAUUGGUCUUCAUCAAGUACAGGCUUCAUGAUCACCUAUAAAAUCAAACCACAAGAAGACAGCGAGCAUUCUCUUCAAAAGCAGAUCUCGACUCAAGUGUUCCUACGUAAUCUAGAAUGCCACCCUUGCAACUCAACAACUCACCCGAUUCCAUCACUGAACUUGCACUCAUCAAAGCCUUGGAUCCUACAUUCGCAUACUCUCGACAACCCUGAAAACUGCCUUGGUGCUCUGGUAUCCCCAAACUUUGGCCUCUUCCGAGAUUGCAAAAGUCUUACAGUGGGACAAACAACUGUACAUAUUGGUUUUGAAUUCCUAGAUUCUUCACUUCCAGGGCAGUUUGAGAUCAUUGCAUUUUGGGACCUUCGCGAUCGGCUUGGCAACUUUAGUCGCUAUAAGCUCGUCGAGUUAUCUAAAAAAGGAGGCUUCCAGUUCAAUCCUUGCCCAAUUUGUGUUGGAGCUCCGUUGAAUCCAGCGGGAGGGUCCCUUAUUUUCACGAACUACGAAAACGGUGAAAUUCAGGAACGUAACCAAACGAAUAGUGAGCCAUCUGUAAUAACAACAGACAGUGGAAACCUCAUUGGCAUCAGAGAAAUCAACGAAGACUUUCACGGAAUUGACUUCUUAGAGAACCUUUCUGUUACUUUUUGA